AUGGCUAGAUCGCUGAGUAGCGCUAGGGUAUUGGAUUCUUUCAGCGCCAGUGCAACCACUACCAUUACCAUAGAAGAACCCUCUCCUUCAGAUUCAUCUCAGCGACCGCAACAGCAAACCCUAGUUCUUCUCCUCUCCCGGCGACCGGCGACGAAGAAGAAGGUCACAUGGAAGGAAGGUACUGUCGAUAAUGAAUUCCUCAAUAAGAAAAGCUCCAAAAAGUGUUGCAUCUUCCACAAGGAAAAGCCUUUCGACGAUGAUGAUAGUGACAAGGACAACAACAACGACCGAUCAAAGGAGGCAGAUGAUGCACACCAUGCCAACGGUCACGGAGGAGGUUGUUGUUCUCACGAUGACGAGGCCAGCACAAGUGGCGGGCAUUGA